GGCCAUGUCACGCGAGGCCGAGGCAUUUAAUGCACUGGGCAACUAUCGCGUGAGCCCAAGUGGUAUCUGAGUCUCCCCCCUUUGUCCGUCGGAUCUCAAAUCACAUAUUGCUCCGCGCCGCGGUGCUCAUCGGCAUCCGCGAUCAGAAGCGCCAUCCGUGGUGGCCCGACAGGCCCUCGCACGCGCUCGAGAGACCACCAACUCGGCUCUAUUCCACGGAACCUGUCGCCAAAUUUGGGCUGGGUAUUGCCGUCUCUUUGGCGGUUUCAUGGCCGGCAAAAUAGACAAUGAUCCUGCACUAUCAGACCUUGCAGUCGAUCGUGGUUGCUGGGGGGGCCAUGGGGCCGUUGCGGUGCCGCUGCUCGUCAUCCGUCCACAGCUUCAAUAACACGCGGGGUUUGCCUGAGCAUCUUGAAUACCAAACGGCCUGCCUGUUCCUUCGAGCGACCACCUUUGAUUGCGGUCGAAAACUUCAAGUAAAUUAUGCUGCAAUUCAUCAGCUCUCAGAUCUCGCUCGCACCAUCGCCUACAUUCCACACCAUCAUCGCAACGCGCGAACCUAGGUCGUGCAACCUGUCCCCCUGUCACUUACAUCAGCUAUUUGGCGCCCUUGCAAGUGAGGCUGUAAAACCUGCAUGGCAGGAUCCAAUCCAAGAUGCACUGUUUAGGCAUUAUUUCCCUUCCAACCCGGAACCUCAGCUGGCCGGGGUGCAGCCACCAUGCGCCAGCUUCCGUCCUCUUGUUGUUAUAAGUCGUCGUCGCCCGUGCCUUCCAGCGCACGGCACAUCUGCAGCUUACUCACCCUUUCUAAGCCAGCUCCUAGACGCAAGGGCCCAAGAUGGGCGUCAGAUCCUCGCCCGCUUCUUCGAGUAUAUCUGGGGCUGCGCAGAGCCUCUUGACCAAGUCGGAAUGCGUCCGGUUUCCCAAUAUUUACGAGUUUGUGGCGGGCAACGGCGCUCCAUGUGAUGGCAAAGCCCUGGUUCGCUCUGUCAGGUUUGCCCAGGGACAGUCCGCUCAAUUCUGCGUGCUCAAUGCAGCCACGCUGGAACCCACGCACCCCGUACCAGAACAUGGCGGUGUUGGCAAAAAGAUCGCGGAGCUCAUCAUCGUUGAGAAAGCCGACACCGCCGUCCUACAACUCAUACUGCAGCAGCGAGUUUCCGAGAGAGACCGCUCAUCGUUUCUAAAGUGCCUCGACGACUAUCUCGAAGACCAGCCGUCCUUUAACUUCUCAGAUGUCACGCGACAACUCGCCCCUUUACCCUCUGUGACGUCCAAGCAGCGGCACGUCGCCUUCAAGUACGUCACCGCGAGGGAGUUUGACCGGCCGUUUCGUCUGGAGUAUACGCAGGUCCAGCAGGCGGGGAGAGCGGCCGGCGCGUGGAGAAUCGGUCGGACUUGGGGGCCAAUGAACCCGGUGCAGCGACAUGAGACCGAGGGCGGGAUUUCCGAGUUUUGCCCGCUCGCCGUGACGCGCACGCAGGCGGCGGUGUGGUUCAACGGAGAUGGAGACGAGCUCUGGAGUUUCGGGGUCAUCUUGCUCGAUGAGCCGCCUCGCAUGGUAGGCUUACCAGGCAGGCUGCGGCCGCCAUACCACGUUAUUGAGGGCGAGCCGUAUUCUGGCUAUCACUCUCCAGCCGAGCUUUUGUCUGAAUGCAUGCGUCGCAACGCCAAGCUGCAGGCUGGAGACAUUCCUACCCCACUCAUACUGGCGCAGAACCUGUAUCGGGUGGUCGGGUUUGAGUGGACGCUUUUGAUAUCCUACUACACGCGGGAUCUCAACUCCAUCGAGUGGGCACUCCAAAACGGCAGAGGGGAUCACGAGACCAGCACCGACGACCUCAAGGCCGCCAUGCAAACCCUGUUCCUCAGUCGACGACGGAUCCCCUGGUACCGGGGCUUGCUUCGGGAGCAGUUGAGCUCAUGCCAGCCCAGGGGGCGGCGUUUCUGGAGCACCGCGGGAGAUUUCAUCCGCAGCAAAGCCGAGAGCACCGGUACGACGUCGGAGGAGAUUGCCGACGACUUUAGGCAGCUCGAGUACCUCAUGUCGCAGAUGCACGACCGGCUGGACGCCAGCAUGGCGCACAUCACGGGCCAGACUACGAUCCUGGAGGCGCAGCGGGCGCACGAGCAGAAUCAGAUGACGCUGAGGCAAAACGAGAUCACGUUUGCGCAGAACAAGACGCUUCUCGUGCUGGCACUCGUGGGGACCUUUUUCCUGCCCAUCAGCGCGACGGCCGCCGUCUUCAGCAUGGCCGGGAGCUGGGCGCCGGGCGAGAGCUCGUUCCCGCUGUUCUGGGCCAUCAGCAUCCCCAUGUCGCUGAUCUUGGUCACCUGCUUCAUGUUGUUCCAGUAUUGGGAGUUUGUCAACCGGCGGCGUAGGAGUCAGGGGAGGAGGCCACGACUGGCUGCACGAGCUGGUGUACGCGAGGGCAGUUAGCGAUGGAUAUUACGAGAUGGACAAUACACCGCGUGGAUACGAAGCUGGUGAUGGAAAUUUGGAUAAACUCGAAGAGUCUACUACUUGCUACUCCCCCAGGCCCCAGGAGCGGAGAGUGGUGAAUGUAUCAGUCCAAUCAGGGGGGGAUGGGGGUUGCUUGGAAGACGACAGGGCAACCGAGAGAGCCAAGCUACGUCGUUACAUGCCUCUUUCUCGUGUACUUCGUAGAGUCAGACUCGAAGGUGAAGAUUCCGC